UAUCAUUUAUAAUUCAAUCCUGGCGACUAACAGGGGUGUCGUGCUCUGCACUUCACUUUUGCUGGUCGGUGAACGCCCUUACAGUCAACCAUGGCGAGACGAAGAGAUUCCAGGCAAAUUACAAAUGAAUACUAAAUGUCUGAAAGCGUGAACUACGAAAUAACAUUGACAGGUAAAACAAAAGGCUUUCUUGAGGGGCGGCUGCAUAAUAAUUUGUACUACUAUAUAAAUAACACUGCUUCACAGCAAGCUCAUCAAUGCAAUUUCCUUUUCUUCUUCUACUCAGAACAGCAAAAUGAUCCGUGGAAAUAGAAAACGCGCUGUAUUUCCUGCUACACCGUCUCAACACCAAGAGAUUAGACUUUCGCCCUUAGAUUUACCGAUGUUCUUCUUCCACUAUAUUCGAAAGGGUCUUCUUUACCAAACCUCACCGGAAAAUUUCUCAUCUCAGGUAGACCUCCUUGCUCAAAAGCUUUCUCAAUUGCUUGUAAAAUUUUAUCCCUUAGCCGGCCGCUUUAAAACGUCUCCUUCCGAUGGAGCCGUUUACAUUGAUUGCAACGAUUCAGGCGUGGAUUUCAUUGAAGCUACGGCGGGAGAUCUCAGCAUUGCAGAUGUUACCACAGCAGAGGUUACGCAGUCCGUUGAACAGCUUUUUGCUCUGAACGGCGCCGUUAACUUGGACGGCCAUCGCCUUCCCUUGCUCGUAGUCCAGGUAACUCAGUUGAAAGACGGGAUUUCCGUGUGUUGCACAGUAAACCAUGCGGUAGCGGACGGGAUUUCUUUCUGGCAUUUCUUCAACUCAUGGGCCCACCUCUGCAGGACAAACGGAAACGAAAUCCCCAAUAAUCCAAUCCACGACCGUUGUCUGGUGAACCCAGGCGGAUCCGUGAUUAAGCUUGGCCUCGAUCCAGACGGGAAUAUUCCCCGGCUUUGCCCGCCUCCACUGCGGAUUAAAUUUUUCCAUUUCAGCGCCCAUACGAUCAGAUGCUUAAAGGAUCGGGCCAACCGAGAUUCACCGGUUGUAAUAUCGUCAUUCCAGGCGUUGUGCGGUCAUGUGUGGCGGGCGGUCACAAGGGCCAGGGGUCUUGGCCCCGACGAGCCCACAACAUUUCGUUUGCCGGCCAAUUGCCGGCCGCGGUUUGUUCCUCCAUUGCCUAACUUCUACUUUGGCAAUGCUAUUCAGGCCAUAUGGACGACCGCUACUGUGAGGGAGCUUAAUAGUUUGCCUCUCUCCUUCGCGGCAGGUUUGCUGAACGCUAUGAUUGUGGGUCUUAGGGACCAGGUUAUAAGAGAAAGGAUUGAUAUGUGGGAGAAAGAGCCGACUGUGAAUAGGUUGGAUAAGCUUGAGAAGAACUCUGUGAUGAUGGGGAGUUCUCCACGGUUUGAGAUGUAUGAUAAUGAUUUUGGAUGGGGACGACCUGUGACAGUUCGAAGUGGGAUGGCCAAUUACUUUGAUGGAAAGGUAUCUGCUUAUCCUGGUAAGGAAGGCGGAGGAAGUGUUGAUCUGGAAAUUUGCCUCCUUCCGCACUUCAUGAAUGCUUUGGAAACUGACCUUGAUUUCAUUUCCUCUCUUUGAGAUGUAAAAUAAACAGCCAUAUAUUUGGGGAUUUAGUUCGGUGAAUUUAGGACUUUGUUAAGAGAGAGACAACACAUUGUUGUGCAAGUGCUGUUAGGAAUAAGUUAGCUAUAGGAUAGUCAGUUAUUUAAGACAGUUGGGAUUGGAAGCGGCUAUCCAGUUUUUACAAUGCACUUAGUACAAGUUAAACUGGUGAGCACCAUUUAUAUCAUGGUGCAUUCUAGAUGUUAGAUAGUUUCAACUGUUAGAUGUUAGAUAGUUUCAACUGUUGGGAAUUGAGGUUUUCUUAUUCUCCUAUUUUAUAUUGUUUAUGAGUAUGUAAUUGUGUUUUAAGUGAAGAUAGAAAACUAUGAAGACCACAAUUUUAGUUUCUUCUAUAUAUUAUGAAGACCACAAUUUUAGUUUCAUGGUAUUAAUCUAUAAGGGUGUGUUGGCAAGGAGUGUUGCAAUUGGAAAGAAUGUAACUGCAAACCAAAAAAUAUUUAAAAAAUAGAGAGAUUUGGCUCCCUAC